ACCUGAGUGUGUUAGUUUCAGUGGUCGAUCGGGGCCUGCCCCUCUCAUGAAGGCGUGAACCAGGGUGUUCACAUCCCCUGAGCCAGCAAAGAGGCUUUGUCCACGGGUUUCUCAACAGCGGCACUAUUGACGUUUGGGGCUGGAUAAUAUCUUGGUGUGUGUGUGGGGGGGGGGGUGCUGUCGUGUACUUUGUUCUGGCCGCCACUCACUAGAUGCUGGUAGCACGUCUCCAUGUCUUUCUCUUUCUCUCUUUCUCUCACACGCGCGCGCGCGCACCCAGAUCGUGACAGUCAACAAUGUCUCCAGAUCUUGCCAAACGUCCCCUAGGGGAGAAAAUAGCUCACUGAUUGAAAACCACUGGGUUGGGGGAAGGCCGACUGGCCUCGGGGUGCAGAGAGUAGAACCACCCUCCCGGUUCUGCUCUCCGGUUCCUGUGAGCCCACAGAACACCCAAGCUGCGGAGCUCCGGAAGGUGGGGCUUAUGCAGAUGAGCGGCAGGUUUUGGCUGGGAGGCGGGCGUCUUUAUGCAGAUGAGGGGGCGGUGUCUGCAUGUUGAUAAGCUGGGCCCGCAGCCGACGCGGCUGGGAGUCUAUCGGGUCCCGCUGCGGUUCGGGCUGAGGUGGCAUCUCUCUUCCGCCCCCCCCGUCCCUAAGUUCCUACCCUCCGAGAAUAGCCCUCGACCUUUACCCUCGUCCAUUUCCCCCUCUCCUCCCUGCGCCAGUACCCCCGAAUCCUAAUCGCUCCACUCGUGGCGCCCCCCCGCGUUUCUCCUCUCCGCCGCAAACCCCGCGACCUCCAGCAGCCCGCCCCCGCGAGCCGGAUCCUGCCUGGCUGCUCCCGCCGCAACCUCCUCAGCCUUCCCGCUCUUCUAGGGCUCGCGCCACUACACCCCCGGGUGUCUCCCCUCGGGCUUACCGGUUCCCUCCUCCUCCCGCCCCCUCGGAGCCCCCUCCCUCGCCUUGGCCAGCCGGCAUGCAGGUGUCUAUCGCAUGUACCGAGCAGAACCUUCGCAGCCGGAGCAGUGAGGACCGUCUGUGUGGACCCCGGCCGGGCCCCGGGGGCGGUAAUGGCGGGCCGGUCGGCGGGGGGCAUGGGAAUCCUACGGGGGGAGGAGGGUCGGGCCCCAAGGCCCGGGCCGCAGUGGUCCCCCGACCCCCAGCGCCCGCUGGGGUCCUCCGAGAGAGCACCGGCCGAGGCACUGGCAUGAAAUACAGGUAUGGGGGUGGCCGGGCAGCCCGCCACAUCUGCUCCCCUUUCCUGACCCCUGAGGCUUCCUGGGAUGCUUCCAGAACCCCCUCAAACUUCGCUAAGAAGAUCCCGGCUCACUCCAUCUCCUCUUCCCAUCAUUGGCACUCCCUUACUUGGGCCCUCUCUUGCUCUCCGUCCAUACCCCCGACUAGUAGAAAAUCAAGUUUACCAAGGUUGACCAGGCCUGUCAGACCCAGGGGAUACUCCUAAGCUUCCCUCCUUACCCUCAGGAAGGCGAGGGAUGCACGGAUCUCCAGGCUGCACACCCCCACCCCCACCCCCCGGGAUGAAGUGUCCUUGGGUCGUGUCCUGGGAAGAUGGGGGAAGGAAACGGCUUCUCACCGUGGCCUGCUCAGUGUGCCUGACCCAGAUACUGCCCCCACAUGCCCCAAGGUCUCCUGCAACCUUCUUGGUGGGGAGGGAAGUGGGGCCCUUGGAAGGAUGGACCACAUCUCUCAAGCCCCUGCCGAAGGACAGGGGCCAUGUGGGUAAGAUGGACGGAAAUGUAACCGACUUUAUCUCAGAGAACCGCUGGGCUCUCAGGACUACCAGUAGGGGGGAGGGGAGGGGCUCCUGCUUGAGAGUGAGCAGAGGUCACUGAUCUGACCUGGCUUUGUCACUUGAGGAAUUUGAUCCCCUCCAUGUGGUGGCCCUGAUUGGGAAGCUGAGCGGACGGCCUGGGUGGGGGGUCCUUGGGAGGAGCGUCUCUCUGGUUUGAAGACAGACUUCACAAGCCAACAGGAGCAGAGGGAGUAGAGAGGGGAAGAGGGGGAACUGGUCUUACAUCUCAUACUCUCCACCCAGGUGUCCUACCUGCUUUUGUUGGAGGCCUCCCUGCCUAGCCUAUCCAAGGAUCCUUGCCUGCCUGAGUGCCUGAACUUGACUUGGUUUACCCCUUCCACCCCAGCGUCUGCCCUUUAGCACAGCACUCUCUGAUGAUCUGUUUUCACAAACUCAUCACAAUUAGCCAGUCGCAUUCCUCCCAGCCAACCCCCACCCUCGACUCUACACAUCCCAGAGAUGACUCAAAUAAACACAAGACCCACCAGCAGAAACGCUAAGCAGGCAGCGCAUCUUCAAUGUGAUAGGGGGGAACAGAGGCACUGGACAGUGGCUCCAGAGGAACAGUCAUUAUUUGUUCACUUAUGCUAUGGCCAUAGCACUGCCCAAUUCAGUGGGCUCACUGAGUCUAGCUUCUUUGGACUGAGACACCCUGAGGGCAUCUCAGUCUGGAAGGAGAGGAACUGGAGGCUGAUAAUCUAUGUUCCUAAUGGAGGCUCUACCCCUUCCUUCUGCCUCUGUGUCCUGCAGGAACCUAGGAAAGUCUGGUCUUCGGGUAUCCUGCCUUGGCCUAGGUACCUGGGUCACAUUUGGUUCUCAGAUCUCAGAUGAGGUAUAAGUGAUGGGACCUAGAAGCAGGACAGCAGAGGAUGUGCUGACAGUAGCCUAUGAGCAUGGCGUAAACCUGUUUGACACCACCGAAGUGUAUGCAGCGGGAAAGGCUGAAAGAACCCUAGGCAACAUCCUCAAGAGCAAAGGUUGGAGGAGAUCAAGCUAUGUCAUCACCACCAAGAUUUUUGGGGGAGGACAGGCAGAAACUGAGCGAGGCUUGAGCCGCAAACACAUCAUUGAGGGCUUGCGAGGAUCCCUGGAACGCCUCCAGCUGGGAUAUGUGGACAUCAUCUUCGCCAAUCGCUCAGACCCCAACAGUCCCAUGGAGGAGAUUGUGCGAGCCAUGACCUAUGUCAUCAACCAGGGCCUGGCCCUAUACUGGGGGACAUCCCGAUGGGGGGCUGCAGAAAUCAUGGAGGCCUACUCCAUGGCCAGACAGUUCAACCUGAUUCCUCCAGUGUGUGAACAAGCUGAGCACCAUCUGUUUCAGAGAGAGAAGGUGGAGAUGCAGCUGCCAGAGCUCUACCACAAGAUUGGUGUUGGCUCAGUCACCUGGUCCCCUCUUGCCUGUGGCCUCAUCACUAGCAAGUAUGAUGGGCGAGUCCCAGAUACCUGCAGGGUCAACAUCAAGGGCUACCAGUGGCACAAAGACAAAGUGCAGAGUGAGGAUGGCAAGAAGCAACAAGCCAAAGUCAUGGACCUUCUCCCCAUCGCUCACCAGCUGGGCUGCACCGUGGCGCAGCUUGCUAUUGCGUGGUGUCUCCGCAGUGAGGGUGUCAGCUCGGUCUUGCUGGGGGUGUCCAGUGCAGAGCAGCUGAUUGAACACCUGGGCGCCCUGCAGGUGCUGAGUCAGCUGACCCCGCAAACGGUGAUGGAGAUAGAAGGGCUCCUGGGCCACAAACCUCAUCUCAAGAAAUAGUCCGUCGGGGGCGCAGGGACCCGCUCCCAGGACCGCUUCCCGCCCCCGCCUCCCUCCCGCUCCGGAUCCCUCCCGCUCCGGAUCCCUCCACGCAGCGGCCGGAGCCAGGGAGGCCCCGCCCACUAACGAGUUCCGGUCACAGUAGCGAAAGCAUGAACAAAGCCAUAUCCUCCCGCAGUGGGGCUUGAGAGGGAAAGUAGUCCGCCGCCCCCUAUUGCGUCCUCCUAGGUCUCCCUGCUAAUCCUGGGCAUGAGCUACUGGGCUGUCCCCUCUCUGCCACUUGGCCUCGCUCCCUUCUCUCUUCCCCUAAUCGCCGAGGCCCAGGGGGAAAAAGGCAGAUACAAGACCCAUGCAGAGUACCUCAGAAGUGGCCCUUGAAAUGUCAUCAAGGGGUAACAACCUAAUAUGAAGGGAGUUUUGAUGUCAUCUGGGACAAAGGAGAUGGGGCUCUUACAUUCGUUACAAAGGAAGCCAGGCUGGUCCUGGCAGGAAGUAAAUGAUAAUCUUUGGGAAACUAGGACCCUGCCUCAGCCAGGAGGUGGAGGAGGGCUUAAAACCACAAAAAGUGUUGAGACUUUGUUCUUGUCAGAGAGGGGUAGGGUGGGGAGUGCAGUGACAAAGCACUGAUGAGGGAAAAUUGACGGCCGAUGUAUAGCCUGUCCUGGCACAAGUGGCCAGGGAAGCCCUUGGAAAGUACGGUUGGGCCGCACUUUGCAGGAAAAGGUGACAGCCUUUAGGUCAGGGCAGAGAAAUGGGGCUGACACAAAAAGGUCUGGGGAUAAACUUUUGAGCCUUGAGCAGGACUCCUACCCGGGAGUGGAGGACUGUAGUCUUCCUCCUGGCAAUAAUCUUAAAGCAAUAAUGAUGGCCCCUCUUGUGUAAGACUUCCCAGGGAACUGUAAAUAAAAUCUCAGCUUGAUCAUCA